AUGGUGAAGAACAGCAUCUCCGUUCAAAUGUUCAGUGUACUUGUUGGUGCAGUGGUUAGCGGUCAGCUCAGUGAUCGAUAUGGAAGAAAACUGGUUCUGAUCAUAUCUGUUUUCGGACUGGGCCUGUUUUCACUGGCAACUAUGUGGUCAGCGACAUUCACGCAAUUCAACGUAAUUCGUGCUAUCACAGGGUUCUUCACCGGCGGUGUGAGCCCGGUCCUCGGUGUCUACUUGAUAGAGAAUAUACCAAAAGAUCACCGGAUGUGGAUAAAUACCGUAGUAACGUGGUCGCCCAACUUCAUCAUCUAUCCAGUCAUAGCAUACUAUUGUCAUGAUUGGCGCAAAUUGGCUUUCUUCAGCUUCGUUAUUGCGGUCAUCACAAUAAUCAACCUUCUGCACGUCAAGUCCUCACGAAUAUCAGGCACUUUUGACGGCAAAACUUGCGAGAAAGAGGCUGCAGAAAUCGAAGAGAUGUUACGGUUUGAACAGCAGGUGUUCGAGGCUAAGCAAAAGAAACAUAAAAACUACACUUUCUAUCAUUUGGUUUGCACAUGGAAAUAUCUGCGAUGGAGCGUCACAGUCUGUACUGGCCUAAUAGUUGCCUCAUUGGUUAAUUACGGACUACUUUUCAAUAUGGAAAAACUUUCUGGAUCACUGUACUGGAACAAUACAAUGUUUGGAGUGAUAAGAUAUGGAAUCAACAUUUUGGUCGGUGCUGGUGACUAUUUUUGUCGGUGCGUCGGCAGAAAACUCGUCCAUUUCGUCGCCAUCACAACGAUCAUCGGUUCUUUAGCGAUCAUCUGUGCUGUUUAUGUUGAAGGUAUUUGA